UGUCUUUUUUUAUGUCAAUGGCUUGUUCUGAUUAUUACUAUGCAAUCAUUUUCUGUACUUGGCAACUACCUAAAAGUGAUUUCUCCAGAUAAUGUGUCGUAGAUUGAACAAAAGUGUUCAAACGUAUGGGUGACUUCACUGUAGUGUUUAAGAUGAGAUGUCGUCAGUAACAUGCAUGACCGCGCCUUUGCCUCGGGCCAGUCGGGGCACUCUUGACGGCGUCUAUACAACAAUGGAACCAAGUAUUACUAACACAAACGCCAGAAAGGUCAUUGGCCCAUGUCGCUACUGAGGAAGGCAACUCAGAUCAACAAGUCUGUAAUGGCGGCGAUGUCAAAAUCUCUGAUAGCCUUCUUAGCCUUUCAGGCGAUAUUUCUGUUCGUGGUCAUCAAAUGGAGCCGGAAUGCCGUCAUAGUCUCCAUCGGACCUUCAUCCGUCAAGCUCCAGGUCAAAGAUAGGUCAGAGUUGACGGGUUUGGUGCAUGGCGGGAACUUGCCCACAUCACGGAGUAAGUACUUCUCUCAAUCCUUCACAAGAGACACAAACCAAGGUGGUACCGCAGUGCUUGCCGGGAACUUACCUACACCAUGGAGCAACUUUCAGUCACAGUUGGUUACAAGAAGUGAGGCCAAAUGCGACCGUCCUGUCACCAAUUUCGUGUUCAUUAAGGUUCACAAGACAGCUUCUGGCUCCACGUUUAUGGUGCUGGGCCGGUUCGGCAGGAACCAUGACAUGACCAUCUGUUACCCCGCACGCCGUAGUAAGGCCCGGCACAAGACACUGUCAUACCCAAGCGGAAAAUUGAUCAGGAAGGACUGCAACCCAGCCUAUGGUAGGAACUACACCCUCCUCCUACACCACUCAAUCAUGAACAAGCCAGCCAUGGAUGGAAUCAUGGAACCCGGAACCAAGUACAUCGGCAUCAUGCGCGAACCUCUGAGUCAUUUUCGGUCGAUCUUCUUUUGGGAGCAACGCAUUUUACGUCACAAGACAAAUCCACUGGGAACAUUUCUAAAUAUAAAUGAGAAUUUUGAUCUCAGAAACAAGCAGCCAUAUUCAAAACAUCGAAAUUUUCAAGCACAUUACUUGGGUUUCCCGACAAAAUAUAUGACCAGCAAAAAUACAAGUCAGCUGUACGAAGCAAUCAGAACCGUCGCAGGCUGGUACUCCAUGGUCAUCAUAACAGAGUACUGGGAGGAAUCCCUGGUGCUGCUGAGAAGGACGUUUUGCUGGACCAUGUUUGACAUACUGCACUCAACAAGGAGACUUCACCGGCUAAAAACACGUAAAGAACGCGUCACACUUACCGACAAACAGAAAGAGACCCACAAAAGAAUGAGCAACAUAGAUUAUAUGAUGUACGACUACUUCAAUAACACAUUUUGGCAACGUGUAAGCGAGGAAGGGCCCGAGUUUUGGGAAGAAUUCACCUAUUACAGGACACUGAACGGCGAAGUAAACCAACAUUGUAACUCAGCUAGAGGGGAAAAAGUCUUUCCCGCUGGUAAAUGGAGCCGGGAGUUUGUGAUCAAUUCGACUUUCUGUCACGAACUGCGGAAAUGGGGAGAGGGGAAGUGGGCAGUAUCGUGCAGGGACGUGGUUAACAGACAAAACGAAGAGAUGAGAAAGAAGAAUCCCCAAUUAGACGAAUGAAUUAUUCAAGCUCAUGAUCACAAGACGAAUGGUAUAUACCUCGGUAUCUGCUUAUAUGCGCUAUGGGAAGCCCUCCUCCCCUACCUGUGGUGACUGUUAAGUCUACAAUACAAGAAGUAGUUGAAUUCGUGAAGAUCCUAUGGGUGAUCUUACGUCAACAUAAUGAUCAGCAAAGGAAGCCACAGACUGCACCCGUUGCGCGUACUAAAGAGACAGGGUCGACAUUACAGACUUGCCACUAGUUUGUGGCUUUGUACGACCAACUUUAGAAUAUGCGUGCCCUGUAUGGCACCCUGGUAUCACUAGUACCCAAUUUAGGGUCACAGAGAACGUACGAAAAAGAGCUUGUCACAUAAUUAUUAGUCCUAUCUUUGUUAGUUCCGACAUGGUUUUAGAUUAAUUGUCUCCGUUUCGUCUCUGUGCAACAGACGGCACGAGGCUCUGUACAAAGUUUGGUACUUCUUUGCUAAGCUCUUCGUCCCUCUCAAAAUGGCUGCCGCCAAACCGUGUGAGCCUACAUGGCAGAAACCUCAGGUCCAAACACCAGACAACACAAUUCCACUGUAGAACAGUUCAACUGCUAGGUAUAGGAAGACCACACUACCUUGUCUACAUGCGCAACAACUCAGAGUACUACAGGCGUCAAUAAGCUUUGGAUGUAUACAGUUUAUUUCAAAAGUAGUUACUGUAAGUUUUGUAAUGUUUUGAAUUAUGCAUUUCCAUUGAUGUUCAUUUUGAUUGUAAAGCAUACUGCAAUUCAGCCGAAAUAGGCUGCCACUGUAUGUUGUUGUAAGUCACUUGACGUAAAUAAACAAACCACUUUACAUUCA